AUGGCUUCACCAACCAUAACCGAUGGCAACGUCACUGUGCCUAAAACCCCGGGCAUUACCGUCUUCUCAGGAGGCACCGCAGCCAACAGCCUAGUGGACGUGUUCAAUCGCAUUGUCGAGAAGCGGCGAUGUCAGUUACAUUAUGUCAUUCCGAUCAGCGACAACGGCGGUAGCUCGUCUGAGUUGAUCAGAUUUGUUGGUGGGCCGAGCGUGGGUGAUAUUCGAAGUCGGCUUGUCCGGUUGAUUCCCAAUCAUGAAGGCGACAAAGAAAUGUCGGCGGUAAAGCUCCUGUUUGAGCAUCGACUAGAUGAGGAGCCGACAAGGGCACGAUCGGAAUGGCUUGACAUCGUCGAAUCUCGGUCUCUCCUAUGGGGAUUCAUCUCCAGUCCUAAACGAGAGCUCAUCCGGUCAGUGUUGAAUACACUGAAUGUCGAGAUCGUCAAGCGGGCGCGGCCGCCAAAUGUCUUCAACUUCGCCAGCGCUAGCGUGGGAAAUAUGUUCCUGGUGGGCGCCCGUAUCUUCACAGGCUCCUUCGAGUCCGCAAUCUACCUGCUUUCCAUGAUCUGUUCCAUCCCACCCUGGGUCUCCGUCCUGCCCGCUGUCAACUCCAACUUCACGCAUCACAUAUCAGCGGGCCUGCGCGAUGGCAGCACCAUCGCAGGACAAGUUGCCAUCAGUCACCCCUCGGCGCCAACAGCCCUGCCCGACGACACAGCUGAGGCACCGGCUCUGACCGCGGCGGAUCAUGAUCGCAUCGAGGACGCAAACUUGCCAGGUUCGCUCCCGGCGCUGCGGCGCCCAAACUUGGCCUUCUCUAAGGAGGACGAGGAAGAUCUUCCCGCGCGCAUCGAACGGCUGUGGUACAUCAACCCAUACGGCCACGAGAUUGCGCCCACGGUUAACCCCCAGGUGGUCGAGGCGCUUGCGGCUUCUGAUACCGUCAUUUACAGCAUCGGCUCUCUUUACACAAGUAUUGUGCCUAGCCUAGUCUUGCGCCGCGUCGGCCAGGCUAUCGGUGCAAGCGGCAGUGAGGCCCAAAGUGGUGUUGAUGGCGGUAUCAAGAGGAAAGUGCUUAUCCUGAAUAGCAAGCUCGACCGCGAAACGGGUCCACAAGACGACCCCAUGACAGCACGCGACUUUGUGGCUGCCAUCGCCCGGGCAUGCGUGGAAAGCUGGAACCCGGAGCUGGUGGGUGAGAGGGAUGAGGUCGUGUUGAGGCAGUAUGUGACACAUUUGAUAUAUCUCGACGACAUGGGGCAGGGUGGGGGGCCCAAGGUGGAUCGCGAGGAGCUUGCCGGUCUCGGAAUUGUUUGCAUCAAGGUUUCUGGGAAGCUGGCGGUUGCCAGUGGCGGCGGGGCCAAGAGAAUAGAUGCCCGGUAUGACGAAGAGGCGCUCCGGGAGGCGCUGGAAUCGAUCAUCGGGUCUUGA